CUUCUCACCUGUGACUGUGAGCUCUAUUUCCAUGGCCGAAACGGGCAUCAAUCGUAGACGAGGAGGUUAGAGAGAGUCGGGGCUUUUCCUUUCCGUUGGGUGUCUUUUUCCACAAUUCAUCGUAAUUCUCACUUCAGUUUGGUGUCCAACAAUGGUUGCAGCCUUUUCCUUUUCCUUUCCCUUUUCCCUUCCCCACAAAUCACCAUCGUCUUCUCCAAUUUCCUCCUAAACCCUAACCUCGCCGGCAACAAUGGCGGACUCCGGCGGAGCCACAAUCUUAAGCAAAAAAACGCCGAUCCUAGGCCAGAAGCUCUACGUCCUCAUCAUCGCAACCGUCCUCCUCGUCCUCGCAAUUUUCCUUCUCGCCGUCCUAUUCCUCCGCCACCGGACCUCCAAACGCCGCCGCAUUGCCGCCAAAACCACCGCCGGCCUUCUGCCCCUGGUUUUCCGCGAGAUCGAUCCACGGCAAGGAUUCAAACCGAAUUCGGACAAAAACGAAGCAGAGAGAAACCACGGGAGCUCCGAGAGCAAGGAAUCGAGCACGAAUCGGAGCGAGUCGUCGUCGUCGACCUCCGACGGCGUCGGAAACUUGGGGUGGGGCAGAUGGUACAGCCUGAAAGAGCUUCAAUUAGCGACGAACCAGUUCUCCAGCGACAAUGUCGUCGGAGAAGGAGGCUACGGCGUCGUUUAUCGCGGAGUUCUGCAGGAUGGCUCUCUGGCCGCCAUUAAAAAGCUUCUCAACAACAAGGGUCAGGCGGAGAAGGAGUUUAAGGUGGAGGUCGAAGCAAUCGGGAAAGUGAAACACAAGAACCUUGUCAGCCUCAUAGGUUAUUGCGCGGAUGGCGCUCAGAGAAUGCUCGUCUAUGAGUACAUUAACAAUGGCAAUUUGGAGCAGUGGCUGCACGGUGCCGUAGGGCCGGUCAGCCCUUUAACUUGGGACAUCCGAAUGAAAAUCGCCAUCGGGACAGCCAGAGGCUUGGCGUACCUGCACGAAGGCUUGGAGCCGAAAGUAGUCCACCGCGACGUGAAAUCGAGCAACAUUCUUUUGGACAAGAAAUGGAACCCGAAAGUGUCGGACUUCGGGCUUGCGAAGCUAUUAGUUUCUGAGAAAAGCUACGUCACCACACGAGUAAUGGGAACAUUCGGGUACGUCUCCCCCGAUUACGCGAGCACUGGAAUGCUAAAUGAAGGCAACGAUGUCUACAGCUUCGGCGUUCUAUUAAUGGAAAUAAUUACGGGAAGGAGUCCGGUGGACUAUUCGAAACCACCCGGCGAGAUGAAUUUGGUGGAUUGGUUCAAAGGAAUGGUGGCGAGUCGGCGGGGGGAGGAAUUGGCGGACCCUUUAAUGGAGGUUGCGCCGCCUCCGAGAGCUUUGAAAAGAAUUUUAUUAGUUUGUCUUCGAUGUAUCGAUUUGGAUGCGAACAAACGGCCGAAGAUGGGGCAGAUCGUCCACAUGCUUGAAGCCGACGAGUUUCCUUACCGCGCGGAGCCUCGGGCGAUUAGGGAGACGACGCCGCUGAAUCGGGACGGGAAAGUGAAGGCUUUGGAGAAGGAGGAAGGUGAAAAUAAUCAGGAAGGAAGAAGAAGAUGGAGAUGAAGAAAUGUAAGGCAGUAGUUUGUGCAGUGCAUAUGUAGAAGAGAUACAUACAUACAUAUAUAUAUAUAUAUGUUUGUGAGUGAGUGUGUGUGUGUGUGUCCCCUUCUUGUUUCAUUGGUGGACACUCCAUGAAUAAAGGAGCACAUGUAUGUAUGUAUUUUAUGUAUAUAUGUGGGAGUGAUUGGGAGUGAUUGGGGAGGUUUUGUAGGGACGAUUAAUUGAUGGAGUUGUGGAAUUAAAUUCUUUUCUU